UUUCUUUCCGACUUGCCAGCGGUCUGUGGAGAGCGGAGUCGAAGGUACAGCAGCACAGUGCGUCGAGCGGAGAGAUGGAGGGAGAGCUGGCCGGCGGUGAGCGCGUUUAAACCGGGAGAGGAGGACAUCGGAUGACGAGGGAAUAAACCAUGUUUGAUCCUGAAUAAACAACAUCUCCUCUGCCAAACCGGAGACACCAACCAGCGUCAUGAAACCAGUCCUGCAUUGAGCCUCUCCUCGGUGGGUUGGCAUGGCCCAGUGAUGAACGGAGCGGUGGUGCCCGGUAGCCCGGAGCUCUCCUCCUCGUGCCCACUGCCUGACUGGCGAGAGUUCUGUGAGCUCCAUGCUCGAGCCUCUGCUGCAGACUUUGCUGACAAGUUCCAGCGCUUCCUAUCGGAGAACCCGUGCUAUGACUCGCCUGGCGCCGAUGUGAGCUUCUCACAGCACUUUGCCCAUCACUUUGUGGAGUGUUUCUCUGCAGCACUGACGCAGGCUCGGGAGAACCAAGCGUCUUCACCGGGGGAGGACGGCUCCAACGCAGCGCCAAAGUACAGCAUUGUCCCUUUCCUGGGAAUCCAGGGCUGUCCACUCUCCUACGGUCACGACCUUUACCAGAGACGCAAGGACGCCGGGGCUUCAAGUGAAUCCUUGGACAGUAUGGACAGUGGAGGGGGAGGCAUAGAUGGGGGAGGCGGUGGCACCACCGCCUCUCGAGGCCCCCAGCCGGCCCACAAGGUGUCUGCUCUGGGACAGUCUCGCAGCUCAGAGGACGUUUCAGUCAGUCACCCAAAGGCUCGCUUCAAGAAGGGCUUCUCGCUGAGGAACAUGAGCCUGUGUGUGGUGGAUGGAGUUAAGGAGAUGUGGCACAGACGAGCCUCCCCUGAACCUGAUGGUCCCUCUGGAGCCAGGAAGGCCAAUGGGGGAGGAGGAGGGGGAGGAGAGGAGGAGGAGGAGGGGGGGGGGGAGGCUGCAGUGGGUGAGAAGUGGUCCCAAAAACUGCGGCUUCCCAGGGGUUCCCAGGGCCACAAGGCUGAGAUGCUGGAAAUCCAGAGGGAGGGAGCGCUGAGGUACAUGGUGGCUGAUGACACUAACUGUAUGGGCGCUGCACAGUGGCAGAAGUGCCGUCUGCUACUGAGGAAGACGAAGAGGGAGGAAGGAGGCGAGAAGUUCCUGCUGGAGUUCUAUGUUCCACCCAAGUCCUCAAAGCCUAAAGUGAGCAUCCCUCUGUCGGCUAUCGUGGAGGUGAGGACCACCAUGCCGCUGGAGAUGCCUGACAAGGACAACACUUUUGUUCUUAAGGUGGAAAAUGGGGGAGAGUACAUCCUGGAAACCAUCGACUCGCUACAGAAAAACUCCUGGGUUGCUGACAUUCAGGACUGCAUAGACCCUGGUGACAGCGGCGAUGACAUCGAGCUGGCGUCGUGUCCUCAUGGUCAGGCCUCCAAAGACUGCUCCAUGGUGGCCUCUUGCAGCUGUGAGCUGCUGUCUGAGGGUGUGUAUCGUGCUCCAGAAAGGUCGUGUCCUACAGCAGCGGAGCAUUACAGCGCCCCCUCAGUCCGUUGCAGGGAACCCCCCUUCACUCAGCACCCAUCCCACAUGCCUUUAGAGCGCUUCCUCCAGUCCCCAGAGGCCCAGGGCUCCAACUCUUCUGGCAGUGGCAGUGAAGGAACGAAGGAGUCAGAUGGCGAUGCCAGCCUGGCAGGCUACCCAUGGUUCCACGGUACACUGUCCCGCGUGCGUGCGGCUCAGUUGGUGCUUGCGGGAGGGACCAGGAGCCACGGGCUCUUUGUGAUUCGUCAGAGCGAGACGCGGCCUGGCGAGUACGUCCUCACCUUCAACUUUCAGGGCAAAGCUAAGCAUUUGCGUUUGUCAGUGAAUGAGAACGGGCAGUGCCACGUCCACCACUUGUGGUUCCACACCGUGUCGGACAUGUUGAGACACUUCCACGCCCACCCCAUCCCCCUCGAGUCUGGAGGCUCUGCUGACAUCACACUGCGCUCCUAUGUACAAGUGCAGCGAAACUCCACUGCAGAUGUGACUGUGCCUCCGGUCCUCACCCCACCCAGGGAGGCGGGCUGCCGGACAGAUUCAGUCCAGCCAGCACUCCACCCUCCUGGGAUCACAGCAAAUGCAGGACCUCCCCCUGAUGUCCCGCUAUCCUCGAGCACCUCCUCUUCACCCACCGCUCUUCCCUCCCUCUCCCGCAGUGAUCCAGGUACUGGAGGAGGAGUAGGAGGGGGGUUACAGAGCAGGAGCAACAGCUCUGAGCGCCUGCUGGAGGCCUCUAGUGGUACAUCUGAGGACUAUCACGAUGCUGAUGGGACUCGCAGGGCCCGAGCAGUGGAGAACCAGUACUCUUUCUACUAAAUGACCCAGUGCAGUGUUCAGUCAUGGAUGUUCCAGAUUGGAGAUUGAGUUUCGGAAGGAUGGAGGUGACGUGGGACAGUCUGUUAAUGGUGAAAACGGUCCAAAUCACUGGAUCACCCAUUGUUUUGUUUGUUUUUGCUUCAAGGCAAUUUCCUGUUCCUCUGAUUUGAAAGGGAAGGUGAGAUCAUGCCAAGCAACGUGUCCUUGCCGAUAAAUCCCUUUGCGGCUCUGCGGCUUUCUUUCAAACUCAGUUGUCGAGAACGUCAGGUGAAACAGAGAAAUGGGGAUACUGAAGUGUAGCAGGAGAUGAGAAUAAAUGUAGAAAAAGUGGCGGUGAAAAAAGCGUAGGAGGGGAAAGCAAGAGGAAGUCAUCCUCUGGAGUCAUAUGGCUUUGAUUCACAUCCUCUGACCACUUCCUGUUCAUCCUUACCCACAUUUCCCCGGGAGCAGAGCCUGUGUCACCACCCCACUGAAGAACUGAGAGUUUGAAAAGACCUUGAAGAAACAGUCCCUCCCCUCAGAGCUCCCAUUAAUGUUUGUAAAGCUGCUUUGAGUCUGUCCCGGAUAUCCUCACUGUCCCUACAGGGUUUCCCCACAAAGUCCUGCUCUAGGUCUCUGCUCUGUAAUAACAUCAGUACAGCGAUCUUGGGUGUGUUAGUGUUAGCUCGGAGAUGUUUUUCUUAAAUGUGUACAGCCUAAGGGGUCUUAGUGCCUGACAUUUUCCUUGGACUUGUCGCGAGGAUGAGGAUGGUAUUGACAUCUUGCAUAAUCACAAAAACUAAGUGCAGGUUAUUACUUAACCAUCGGUUUCUGCUCAAAGCAUCCCGAACGUGCGCAUCUCUGCAUACCGAAAUGGUUUUGUUAUCACAGUAUCAUCGAUGGCUGCAACAUACAAACAGAUGGUCAUGUGUCGCGUCACUAAUCGGUUUAAAAAUGGUGAAAUGGAAGAUGAAGGACACGAGUUCAGCCUGUACGAAUAUGACAGGGUGGCUCCAAUUUUGCUGUCAUACUGGGUUAUUUCUAUGAGUGUGUGAUGGUGUGUUAGAGUCCAAAUAUUUUUCAAUGAUCAGUGUGCUGCAGUAGUGUUUCUAAAAAAUGGUUUUUGAGGUCCCUCCCUCUGGUGCUGGUUCUGUAUUCAAGCUUAUCAUACCAAUAACCUGUAGAUUAGAGAUGCUGUUAAUAUAGGAGUUCACUUUGAAGUAAUGCCUUUAAGAUAUUAUUAUACCAAAUCCAGCAUUUACUGGGGGGACUGGGGACUUGUUUUUUAGAAAGGUGCCAGUAUUGCCUACUGUUUGUGCAGCCUGGUGUGGACUGGAAUGGUACAGGCACUAAGAAGAUGGGUACUAGAUGGCCAUGCUUGAACAGAAAGAUGUCAUAUUUGCCGCUUUACUUGACACAGAACUUCAGUUUUUUAAGUUAAUAAUCCAAAAGAAAGGUUAAAUUUCACGCCACAAAAUAUUCAUGUUACUCUGAAAAUGUACAUCAUGGUCCUACACAUUCAUUAUAAUACAAAAAAAAAAAUCAGUUAAAAUAUUUUAUUAAAGGAGAAGUUAGACAUUUCAGGAAAUACAUUUAUUUGCUUCAUUGCCAAGAGUUAAAUGAGGAAAUUCAAACCAUGCAAAAUGACACAUAAAAUUGGGGAACUAUAAUGCAAGCAGACUGAGCAUAAAGACUGGAAACACGGGUAAACACCCCCGCCAAAUGUCCACUAAAAAAGCUCAGGGAAGCAGCUGUGUUCUGCUCUUUAAUGGAGACGGUGUGGUUAGUCUUACUUAUAAACCAACCAGUGAAGUUAGUCUUCAUCCUUGAAGUCUCCUGCACAGUGAAUGAGCCAGUCCCAAAUGGGGGCUAAAAGACACAGCCGGACCGGUUCGGCCCAAAGGUAAAAGCCUGCCUACAUGCACCUCUACAGCUCUUAUCUCGUUUGUUUAAGUACGAGGCAACCAGUGGGAUCCAUGAAGUUACUUUAUCACUUAGAUUUAUGUGCAGAAAACAAAUGACACACAACAAGCUCAUUAGUCAACUUUGGGGAUGUUAGUAGGCAGAUUCUAUUACCGGUACUUUCCAACAGGGCCAGGCCAGCAGUUUCCCCUGUUUCCUUCUUCUUUUUGCUAAGCUAACCCUUCACACUGGAAUUAGUUGAACUGCAGCAAAGCUAGCCUAUGGAGGAAACCUGUUUGGUAAAUUAGAGCUACUUAAAAAAACAGAGUUCAAACUAUUUUGUGAAAAACAAUGAUCAAAUCAACAAUUUAUAUGUCAUACAAAAUCAUCAUGAAACGCAAUACGAGUCUUACUGAGUUUAUCGCAAAAACAAACUGCCCACUAGCAUAGCUAUUUAAGUUUUAUAAAUUUAGAUUCAAAACAAAAGAGUAGAGUCAUGUAGUUCAAAAGAGAGCUGACGAUCCAGAUUCUUGAAACGCCCCUGAGAAGUAUACCUGUCCUAAACCAGUUGCAAAGCACAUUAUACUUUUGCUGGAAACAAAUCUGAACUUUGUGUCCAACUAGCAACGACAAACAGCAUAAGAAUAAAUUAUUUAACUUGCACAUUUUUAGACUGUGAUCUUACUUGUCGGUUCUGUGACAUCUGACUUCUGCACCAACAAUCGUUUUACUUGUCAGAGCGGAAACUCUUGGAAUCUCUCAGCAAGAAAGAAGAGGGGUUGGGCCUGAUCAAAAGAGUUUCAGUCACAGUAAAUAUAAUGGUAAAAUCAAAAAAAAAAAUUCCAAAAUGUAGUUGUAGCUUCCAAACACACUCAAAAAAAUGUAAGUACUUGAAUUACUAUGCAUAUACUGUAUGAACGUGGUUGAUCUACCAGCAAGUCACUGCUAAAUGUUGUCGCAUGUUGUUCAACACUCCCCAAAGACACUGCAUUUAAACUAGAGUGGCGUCAGGCUUCUCAUCUCUCUGCAAAACAGUGGGUGAUGUACUUCCCAAAAAAAAAAAAACCUUUCAAACAUUUCUUUCAGGCACCGUAUUUCAAACUUAUGCAACACUUCUGUUCAGCUGGACUAAACAUAUCAAAAGUCAGUGUCUCUCUUUUCAAGGAUGGUCAUUUAGCUAUACGAAGGUGAAAUUUCACUUGAAGUCGAGGAGCAGAUGGAGCAGUUCAUGUGCCAAUUUGAAUCCUAUUUUUGAAACGUAUUUAUUCCUCAGCCGGUGUAAAUUACAUUUUUCCUAUCGAGUCAUAUUUAUGUACAAUUGAUUGAUUCUUCUCGAUGAAAAAUCCUCAAAAGUGGAACCUGUUUGUUGCAAAAGCCCAUCUCACAUAUCACAGAUUGUUCAUGUCUCCCUUUUAUUUUCUUAACACUUCUUAAAGCUAACUUUUCUGUUGUCUGACUGAGUUUUGAAGAGUCUGUGCAAUUUUGUACAAAGUGAUGUACUUGACAUACUACUUUAUAUUUCUGUGAAUAAAAUGUGAACAAAC